AUGAAGGCAGAAGUCUUCCUGGGGUUGCUGAUGAUCCUCAGCCUGUGCCAGGCAUCCCUAUCUUCUUCCCACGACCUGGCAGAGGAGCUGUCUGAUGUGUCCCUGCUGAGCAGUGUGAAGGAGGCCAAGCAGCUGGUGGAUGCUGCCUACAAGCGCACUCGGGACCGGAUGAAGCAGCUCCUGCAGAACAACAUCUUGAACCCAGCAGAGCUCCUGGGGUAUUUCAAACAACCAGUGGCAGGCACUCGAGCUGCUGUGCGGGCUGCAGACUACAUGGAGACCACCCUGACCCUCCUGAAGGAGAAGCUGAGAUGGGCUGUGAAGGGAGACUUCAAUGUCACAGACCUGCUGACCCCAGCUCAGAGGGAGCUGAUCUUCAAGGCCAGUGGCUGUGAGCAGCAGGACAAGAGAAUGAGCUGCGACGACUCCUACGAGUACCGAACCAUCAGCGGAGAGUGCAGCAACAGGAGAAGCCCAUCACUAGGAGCUUCCAACAGAGCCCUGGUCAGAUGGUUGCCAGCAGAAUAUGAGGAUGGAGUGUCACUGCCCCACGGGUGGACAGAAGGAAAGCUCAUCUCUGGACACCCCUUUCCACUGGUUCGAGAAGUGUCCAACGAGAUCGUUCGCUUCCCCCCCGAGCAGCUCAGGCUGGACCAGAAGAGGCCACUCAUGUUCAUGGAGUGGGGCCAGUUCAUCGACCACGACCUGGCCCUCAGCCCAGACACCCCAGCCAGAGUCACCUUUGGUGGCAAGGUGGACUGUGCCACCAGCUGUGCCAAGGAGCCUCCUUGUUUUCCCAUCAUGAUCCCAGCCCAUGACCCCCGGGUGAAGGACUCCGAGGGCUGCCUGCCCUUCUUCCGCUCCGCUCCCGCCUGCGCCAGCGGCAGAGCCAUCCGCGACCAGCUCAGUGCCCCCACGGCCUUCCUGGAUGCCAGCCAGGUCUAUGGCAGCGAAGAGGCUUUGGCCACCAAGCUGAGGAACCAGAGCAGCCAGCUGGGCUUGCUGGCUGUCAACCAGGACUACAGCGACUCGGGCAGGGCGUACCUGCCCUUCGGCACCGCGGAGAAGGAUCCCUGCCUUAUGGUCAGCGGGGAGGCCAAAAUCCCCUGCUUCCUAGCAGGUGACCCUCGAGCCUCCGAGAUGCUGGAGCUGAGCUGCAUGCACACCCUCUUCCUGCGGGAGCACAACCGCCUGGCUGCCGAGCUGAAGAGGCUGAAUCCCCGCUGGGAUGGGGAGAAGCUCUACCAGGAGGCACGCAAGAUCGUGGGUGCUAUGAUGCAGAUCAUCACCUACAGGGACUACCUGCCUCAGCUGCUGGGAAGCACAUUCCAGAGGUACCUCCCUGCCUACCAAGGCUACAAGGAGUCAGUAGACCCUCGGAUAUCCAACGUCUUCACCCUGGCCUUCCGCUUCGGCCACGCCUCAGUGCCCCCCACCAUCCACCGCCUGGACGAGGACUUCAAACCCAUGGGCCCCAAAAUCCACCUCAGCACUUCCUUCUUUGCUGUCUGGAGGAUCAUUCACGGAGGUGGCAUUGACCCCUUUCUGAGGAGCCUGAUGGUCAACCAGCCCAAGCUGAUGACCCAGCAGCAGAUGAUGGUGGAUGACCUCCGGGAUCGGCUGUUUGAGCAGGUGGAAAGGAUUGGCCUUGAUUUAGCCUCCCUGAACAUGCAGCGUGGCAGAGACCAUGGCCUGCCAGGUUAUAACUCCUGGAGAAGAUUCUGUGGGCUCUCACAACCUUCUGAUCUGAAGACACUUGCUCGAGUACUGAAGAAUAAGAACCUGGCAAAGAAGUUCCUGCAGCUGUAUGGGACCCCAAAGAACAUUGACAUUUGGAUUGGGGCACUGGCAGAGCCCUUUGUCCUUGGAGGCAGAGUUGGACCUCUCAUGGCUUGUAUCAUUGGUACCCAGUUCAGGCACAUCCGCGAUGGGGACAGGUUCUGGUGGAGGAAUAAAGGAGUUUUCACGAGGAGGCAGAGGUGUGCCCUGGGCAAAAUCUCCUUGUCACGGAUCAUCUGUGACAACACCAACAUCUCCAAAGUACCAAAACACAUCCUCCAGCCUAACAGAUACCCUGAUGACUUUGUGAGCUGCAGCAAGAUCCCCAAGCUGAACCUCGAAGCCUGGAAGUCAGAUGUGGCUGAGGAACUCGCAGAGGGAGGUUCAUGCGCAUGACAUUCCUGCCACUCAAACACAUCUUUGGGA